AUGGCUGUUCAAGGCUUAGAGCAGACGAUCGUUCGCGAUCCCGCUCUUUUUUACUGGAUUCUCAUUCCUAUCACAAUUGUCAUGAUAUUAACCGGCAUCCUCCGACACUACGCAACAGUCCUCAUGAACUCCCCUCCCAAACCAGCAAGCACCCUCCUCGAAUCCCGGGAACGACUUUCGCUCAUCCACGGCGUCAAUCUCCGCAACAAUGCCUGCGCCGUCCUCACUCCGGAAGGUUUUGCAUCUCGCAAAGAAUAUCUGAUAUCUGCAUACAACAACGGCGCAUUCCUGAAAGACCCCGAAAACCGUGGCCAACCACCCGCAAACCCAAUGUCUGAUCCAGCGGCUAUGGAGGGUAUGAUGGGUAUGAUGAAGGGCAAUAUGAUGAUGAUGAUUCCUCAGACAUUGAUUAUGAGUUGGAUUAAUGCUUUCUUUUCCGGGUUUGUUAUUUUGAAAUUGCCCUUCCCUCUCACGAUUCGCUUCAAGUCCAUGCUUCAAUCCGGCGUUGCGACUCGCGACCUUGAUGUGCGAUGGGUGUCAAGUCUGUCAUGGUAUUUCCUCAACUUGAUGGGUCUCCAGUCGAUUUUUGGAUUCAUUCUCGGUGCUGAUAACGCCGCCAAUCAAAUGUCCCAACAAAUGGCAAUGGCCAAUCCCGCCGCAGGGGCAAACCCAUUCCAGCCGGGCGCCGACCCUGACAAGCUAUACAAGAGCGAAGCCGAAAACCUGGAGGUUAUGGAGUACUUCAGUUUGUUGGAUGGUAUUGAGGAGAGGGUUUUACAUAAUUGGAAGUCUUAG